AUGUCGAGACAUCUCUUAACAACGGCAAGGCUAGUGCCUAAAUUGGCCUACCCACGUGCUUCCCUACUCCGCAGCUUUGCAACGAAGCCAGAAACUCCCUUGGAAAAGUACAAACACAAGCUUGAACAGAAGGCUAAGGAAGUGGGUGCCCUGGAUGUGAACGAGCUAAAAGAGAAGCUCAAGGACGAGAUCGAGGCGAAAAAGAAGGAGUUCAAUGCUGUUGAUCCUUUGAAGGAGCUCGAAGAGUACGAACUCAAACAGGCUGAGGAGCUCAAGAAGAAGAAGAGGGUGGAAGAGACCAACCCAGCCAUCAGAGCUGCCAUCGACAAAGACACACCUAAAGAACCAUAUAAGACGCUUGCGUCGUUCAUUGACGUUGAAAAGGUGAGGGAAUUGCCUAGGAAGGAGUUGGAGUUUAUCUGGAGAGCUAGAUUCCAGAAUAAGGAAAGAACCCUUCAGGCGGUCUUGGAAGCCCAGCAGUUUGCAACCAUAUUCGCCAAUGCCUUCAAAAACCCCAACUUCGUGUUGCCGCUUCCUAGAGGUGAAGACGGGUACGAGAUCCAUUUUGUUCAAUGGGGAUUCCCUGGACCAAACACCACCCAUUGCAUGUUGACUACCUUGGCUGAGUACCAGCUUCAUAAGGAGUACGCCAAACCACACACAACGUUGAUGUUCCAUCAGGAAUUGAUUGAAGAUAAGGAGGUCGUCUUGAUGAAUGGCCAGGUCGAAUCAGACGUUUCUCUUACCUUGGACGAGGCUCAGCUUUUGGUGCUUAACGUGCAAAGAUUCUAUGGCGGUUUGAAGGAGUCUGAAGGAACCAAGAGAAAGGUCGCUUUGCUUAGAGACUUCACUGCUGGCAACCCCAACUUUGACAUGAAGAAGCUUGUCGAAGAAGCAGCCUCUUUCGAUUAA